GCCGCGGGUCCCAGCAGCUCGGGCGGCGGGAGGAGCGGCAGCGGCCAGACAGCCCAGCUCCGCGAAAGCUCUCGGCGCGCCGCGGCCCGCAGGCACCCGGCACGCGCCCGCCCCGCCGCCGCGAUGCCCAAGAGGAAGGUCCGCUCCGCCGAGGGGGCGGCGAAGGAGGAGCCCAAGAGGCGAUCGGCGAGGUUGUCGGCUAAACCUGCUCCCGCAAGAGCGGAGCCGAAGCCAAGAAAGGCGGCGGGAAAGGAUAAAUCUUCAGACAAAAGAGUGCAAACAAAAGGGAAAAGGGGAGCAAAGGGAAGACAGGCCGAAGUGGCCAACCAAGAGACUAAAGAAGACUUACCUGCAGGAAACGGAGAAACUAAAGACGAGGAGAGCCCAGCCUCUGAUGAAGCAGGAAAGAAAGAAGCCAAGUCGGAUUAAUAUCACACACCUGGUCCUCAGUGGUCCCUGUCUCCCUUC